GGGGAUCCUCUCGUGCCGCUGGUGUCUUCAUAGAGGAUUCCGGCGUGGUUCUAUCAACUUGCUGCACGUACAGCAAUUUACAUUCCUGAGCUCGUUUUCCGCAACCAAAGCACGCACCUGCCCCACUUACACACAUUUAUGCAUUUAUGCAUACUAAUUAACCUUAAUCUUCCUGAUUAUCCAUCAGGGCAUUAAUCUUCGUUAAUGUAAUGUGAGCUAUAGAGGACAAGUUUGGAGAGAUGGUCAACCUAUACAAGGCAUCAAAAUGUCGGGGAGACAGUACACAAUGAUGGACUACCCUAGAAUCAGUUCACCUUCAGGAAGUGGAUUUUCCAUGAUGCAGUUUUUGUUGGGAGCUGCUCUAGGUUUUGCAUUAGGCUCCAUCGUCGGCAUCAUGUGGUGGGAGGGUCGCAACGAGGCACAGAAAGACAAGUUCCGGCGAGAAGUGGAUAAUACGUUGGACACCCUCCAGAACAAACUGCAGAGCCUCAAGAUGAGCCGAUGAGAAUUGAAGUUAUUCACCUGAUUUACUCUGUGUGGACUAUUAUCAUGAUGAACAAAAUAAAGGAGGCAACUGCAUGAAUUGUUGAA